AGACGUUCAUCAACAUAUGUAUGUGUGUAUCUUUCUUGAGCUCUUUGGGAGUUGCUCAUGAUUCGCUAAGAUGUCUGUUCAGCUUGAAAAGGUAAGGGAGUCCCAUCAGGACAGCGCACCCGCCACACGUGAUCCGACGCUCGCAUCGCUCGCCGCUUUGCUUCCCCGCAGUACCACCACAUCCACAUCCACACCAACCCCAUCAACCAGUCAGUCCAACGGUGCGCCAGCACCCCCGCCACGGUCAUACACGCUCGUGAACGUGAACAGCAGCAGCAGCAGUGGCGUCGCGGUCCCUUUGGAUCGCUAUCGAGCGAAACUGGAGGAGUGUGCGACACUGCACCACGACGUGGACACGUUGACACGCAGCAACGAAGCCUACCAGCGGCGUCUCGCAGCCCAGGAGGCGGAAAACGCGGAGCUGCGGGCCACCAUCGCGAAGCUGCAGUGCGUACGUCAAGCACCAAGUGCCAACGGUGACCCGGCUUCAGACACGCCGACGUCUGCUGGGCUGGAUUCCCCUCCCCCGCCGCCCGCAGCGAGCGCCGUCGCAGCUCUUCCGGAAGCAGCUUUGGAAGGCGCGACGGUGGAGUCAUGCGCAGGGCAGCUCACCACGUCGGUACCCGCGCCCAACGACGGGUGCACACCUCCAGGUUUGUGCGCUUCCGACACGGCAGCGUCCGCGCUCGCCGGGGGAACGGCAGCUGAUGUUGCAGGGCAGCGAGACGAUCGACACGCUCAACCCCCCGCGUCGGCGACUCACACGUCUCGCUCCUCGUCGCUGUCGAGCUCACGAUCGAGCACGCCGAACACAGCGGCGGAUCCUUUUGCAAUGCCUUCGCGGUCGUCACCGCGACAGCCGCAGCACUCCACGUACGUGUCGGCUGCUGAGGUGACGGCGUAUGGUCGUGCCUUGUCCGAGAUCUUGGAAGCCCCGCUUGGUCCGUGGGAAGAGUAA